GACAGCUAAGUCAGUGAGAGAGAGUGCAUGAGAAAAGCUUCAAUGCAUGUGGUGACCCAGGGGAGAGGAACAUUGGAAGGCGAGUUUGAAACCGUGGAGGUGAACCUUUGCGGAAGGCGCCUGAGAGAAAACAUCGAUUUGGGAGAAAAUUCCAAGGUCACCUAAACCUGACUUGAAGGUGUCUUUGGAUGAAUGUGUGGCAGCCCUAGACCUGUUUCUUAGCAACAGAUUUGAAGAAGCUCUGACCAAACUUCGCUCAAAAUAGGAAUGAAGGCGGCGGAGAUGGUUACAGAAGAGAAAGGCACGGAGAAGAAACUGUAAGCAGCAGGAAGAUAUCAAUGGACUGGUCAGAGCCAAAGACAGCAUGUACCAUUCUCUGACUUAUGCCACAAUAUUGGAAAUGCAAGCUAUGAUGACCUUUGAACCUGAGGAUAUUAUUAAUGCUGGGAACACAAUGAAAGAAGCCCAAACAAUCUGCCAAAAAUUUAGGAAGAAGACCACUGUUGCAGACUCAGUCAACAGCCUGAUGAAUAAGCAUGCUGCAGAACAAUUUACGGAAGAGGAGAUGCAUGCUGAAGUCUGCUACGCUGAGUGUUUGUUACAGAGGGCUGCUCUCACUUUCUUACAGGAUGAGAACAUGAUUAGCUUUAUCAAAGGCAGCAUCAAAAUAAGAAACAGUUACCAGACAUAUAAGGAACUUCUUAAUAUUGUGCAGUCAUCCAAAUACAAAAAAGGAGAGAACUACAGCCAUUUUGAAGGAGGUGUUCAACUUGGAAUUGGCGCUUUUAACCUAACUAUAUCCCUGUUGCCAACAAGGAUUCUCCGACUUUUAGAAUUUGUUGGAUUUUCUGGAAACAAGGAAUAUGGUUUGGAACAAUUACAGGAAGGAGCAUCCACUGAAAACUUUCGUGCUCUGCUUUGUACCAUGCUGCUUCUGUGUUAUCACACAUUCAUGAGUUUUGUGUUAGGGACAGGCGAAGGUGAUGUUGAUGAUGCGGAGCAACUACUACUACCGUUUCUUAAACGCUAUCCCAAGGGUGCCAUCUUCUUGUUUUUUGCAGGAAGAAUUGAAGAAAUCAGAGGAAAUAUUGAUGCAGCUAUUCUACGCUUUGAAGAGUGCUGUGAGGCCCAGCAACACUGGAAGCAGUUUCAUCAUAUGUGCUACUGGGAGCUAAUGUGGUGCUUUACUUUCAAACGUCAGUGGAAAAUGGCAUAUUUCUACGCUGAUCUAUUGUGCAAAGAAAACUCGUGGUCCAAGUCAACAUAUAUGUACAUGAAAGCAGCCUAUCUUGGCAUGCUUGAGGAUGAGGACUACAAACCUUUUGGAGAUGAUGAAAUUGAACUAUUUAGAAAAGUGCCAAGUAUGAAACAGAAAAUUGCUGGGAAGUCUCUGCCAACAGAAAAGUUUGCCAUCAGAAAGGCUCGAAGGUAUCUUACACAGAAUCCCGUAAAACUCCCAGUACCUGCUCUGGAAAUGAUGUAUAUUUGGAAUGGCUAUACAGUGAUUGGGAAACAUCAAGAUCUAACUGAAGGUAUACUUGAAACACUUAAUGAAGCGGAGAGGAUACUUGAAAGUGCCCCAGCAACUGAGUUCCUGGUGGAUGACCAGUGUUUGGUGAAGCUGCUCAAAGGUCUUUGUCUGAAGCACUUGGGAAAACUUUUGGAAGCAGAACAAUCCUUCCGUUGGAUUCAUACAAAAGAGCAGAUGAUCCAAUAUGACCAUUACUUGAUUCCAAAUGCUUUGCUUGAACAUGGUCUCCUCUGCAUGCAAACAGGAAGAAAUGAGGAGACAAUAAAAUUGCUGGAAAGUGCAAAACAAAACUACAAGAAUUAUUCUAUGGAAUCAAGAACUCAUUUUCGAAUUCAAGCUGCUCUUCUCAAAGUGAAAUCUCACACACAAAAUGGAAGUCAAUCAUUGCCUUCUACAACUUAAGACGUUUAAAUUAUUGAUACAAACGAACUACAAGAGCUGCAAUACCAUGAGCAAAAGUUUCUCUCUGGAGAAUGGUAUACCUAUAGCCAUAUCUACCAGUAAUCUAAAAUAAAAGCAAAAUGCUGUGGAUGCUGGAAAUCUAAAAUUAAAAACAAUGUGAUGGAAAUACUCAGCAGAUCUGCCAGCAUCUAUAGAGUGUGAAACAGAGUUAGUAUUUUCAGUUGAAUACAACUUAUUCAAAACUGGAUUUCUGAAGAGUCAUAUUUAACUCAAAAUGUCAACUCCAUUUCUCACUCCCCAGAUGCUGCCAGACCUGAGUGUUUUCAAUAGUAACCUGUUGCUACUCACUGCAAGCAGGAUCACAGGGUUUAUAUACACCACUGUGCCUUACACAAUCUCAGGGAAACAUAAUUAUUGUAUUGGGGAUCUACAGCACAACUAUUUAGAAACUUGCUUUUGUUGUAAAAAUGUAAAUACAUAACUCAAUCUGCAAUACGUGGAAGCUACAACCAGAUGCACUUCCCCACCACCCCACACUCCCCAUCCAAUUUAUUGAUCACCAUCACCAUAAUCUGCCCUUGUUUGAAUUGAGAAAAUAGCAUACAGCAAUUUCCAUUAUUAUUGCCAAUUACAAAGACACUGGUUAUAGCACAGUAAGCUUAUUUCAUGCAGAAAUAACUACUAAGCAAACAGUUCAUGUCUAGUUAAGGUACAAUUACCUAUUAUACUUAUUCUCCUUUAAGUAGUGCUAGCUAAUACUGAAUGUAUUUGAAGAAAUUGUGAACAUAGUGAUUGACAAAUGCAUGAACGGGGACAGCUUUCAGUUUUAAAAAAAAAUAGUUGCUAAUAGAAUAUUUCACAUGCUACGUGCUAUUUAAAAGCCAGGUUCACUUUUGGUAUUUCCUGAUUUACAUAAUUUGUCAGGAGUUUACCUAUUACAGUUUGCAAUUAAAUCUAGACUUUCAGUCCUUCUCAUAAGCAAUAUAGAUUUAUAUAAAAUUAGCCAAUUAUACAGCAGGUAAUUUUGGUUAAUAUAGCCACUGUAAGUGGUGGCGACUGCAUUCAGAAAGGCUGAUGCAUUCAGUGACUUCGCUGCCUACUUGGUGGAAGGGUCAGUGGGAGAGGUGAGGCAAUGUGGGAAAAGAUAAACAUGAAAGUCAUACCAUCAGUUUCAUGCUCAGAAUUACCUACUCUCAAAAUAUGGGAUGUUAACAAAAUAAAGCACUAAAAUCUGGGGCCUAUGGUUGCUUCAUAUCAGCAUUCUGGAAAUGACAGAUGGGCACUGCAGUAAAUGUUAUUUUUCUCCUUUUAUUCCUGAGUAUGUGAAGGUUUUCAGCUAAGUUUCCGCUACCAUUUAUUCCACUGUCUGAUGGAUAAAUAAGACAUGUUUUCUCACUUUUCCAAGCCCUGCAGUAAGUAAUAUCCCAGGAGAGUUAAAAAAAAUAUACAAAAAAGGGCCAAUAUCUGGAAAUUCAUUUCUGUCUAUGUUAAUUGUAAAUCUACUUAACUUUUAUAUAUGGUCUCUGCCCCAGUCAAAAAUUGGACCAACUACCUCUUGAAGGUUAAAAAAGAGUUAGUCAGCACCAGCCCGCAAUACACUCCAGAGGCUCAAUAGGCUCUGGGAAAAGAACCACCCCCUUAACAUCCAAUCUGUUCCUCCUUCUGCAUAACUUAAACACAUGCUCCUAGUUUUCUCAAGCUGAAAAACUGAAAUAGUCUAUCAAUAGGCACACAAUCCAGUAUUUUCAUUUUGAAAUCUCUAUUUAAAUUUUCUAAGCCUACACUGCUAAAGUAAAUAGUUACUCAGGCCCGACUCUGGGCCUGAGUAACAGAGGUUUUAUGGCUCAUUUUUGUUUCAAAUAGGAACAUGCCUAUGUUAUGAAUAAAAUUAAAGUAUGGAGCUUUUGUAUUUGUCAAAGUGAGGGAUGUCAGUCCUGGCAAAGACAAUUUUUCCAUUUUAUUUUCCAGUUUCAGCAACAAACACUCCCAGGCCAGGUAUAAUGUAGUCAGAUGGAAAGUAAAACAUUUUUUCUAUGUCGAAACACUAGUGCAGUCACAGUCUCAAAAAAAUUUUCUUCUACCAUACCUUGAUACCAUGAUUUUUUCCAUGCUCAAUAAGCCUUUUGCCCCCUCUGAACAAGAUUGCCACCUUAAGGGGAAUUUUGUAAUCUAACAAUCCCUUGGGUUGCCAACUCUGGUUCAACAUAUGCCUGGAGAUUACAUCACACAACCCACACCUCCAAUUGCCCCAUUCAAACAGCCUGAAUUAUCCCCCAUCACCAACAUUUUUAUAAAUAAAAUUAAAAACCUUUUUAGAAAAGAUCAAAUAACAUUUUCUCCUGGACUGCUCACAUAAGUGUCCUGGAAAUUCUAAGACAAUUCUGGGGUGGGGUUGGCAACCAUUAAAAUUUUACUUGUAUCGCUUCUUCCGUUUGGUCGAGUAUUUGCCCUAAAUACAAAUACACUGAACGUAAAUAAUUGGCUUUUCGCCUUUAAUUGAAGACCCCUGCUAACUGCAUGGUACAUGUUUUGUUUUCGGCUAUAAAUAGUCUAACAAGUGUUUCUUUUAAAAUGUACAUCUAGAUUGUGUGUGAAAUGAAUUCUUGCCUUCAGCAAUUUAGUCAAAAAGUAACAAUGUGUGCUGGGAAAUGGCAACAAAUUAAUUGAAACAUUCUAUCCAUCACCUCUACCUUUAACCACUCAGAUUUUCCUCUGCUCUCCUGCAUAGUAAACAUGCAUCUCUAGAUUAAUUUUUCUGUUUUCACCUUAUGCUCCAACUUACGCGCGAACACAGAAAAGUUUGCAUUUAGCCAAAACAUUAGUCUGAAAUGUGAGUUCACGCAGACAACAAAGUGGAGUUGAGACCACAACCAGAUCAGCCAUGAUCUUAUUGAAUGGCAGAGCAGGCUUGUAGCGCUGAAUGGCUUUCUCUUGUUCCUAAGUAUUCUUGCUGUAAUUUGUUCAAAACUUGAAAUAUUUGAAUUUUGACUCUUGAUUCAAUAUUCUGCUGGAUUCAGAACUAAGUAAAUUAAGACUAUAUUCAUUUUGUUUAAUGAUUAAAAGUUUUAGGAUGCUAGAUGUAUAGCUAUGUCUUUUCUCAUUUUUAUCUUCAUAAAAUAAUAUAACUUA